UCUCUGGUCGAGAUAUUGUAGUUGAAGUUGCACUCACCGAGAGAAUAGGACCGAACAUAACUCCCAAUUUUCACUGCAAUCACAUUUUUUUUCUCGAGAAAAAUUCGCUCCACUGAAUUUUCCAACAAUUAUUUUGAUCAUUCAGAGGAUAUUUCAUCAUGAGGGAAAUCGUGCAUCUGCAAGCUGGACAGUGCGGCAACCAAAUUGGUUCCAAGUUCUGGGAGAUAAUUUCUGAUGAGCAUGGGAUCGAUCCGACUGGCAGAUACGUAGGAACGAAUGAUCUUCAGCUGGAGAGGAUCAACGUUUAUUACAAUGAAGCAGGAAACAACAAAUACGUUCCUCGGGCGAUUCUCGUCGACCUUGAGCCAGGGACUAUGGAUUCUAUUCGCAGUGGUCCAAUUGGGCAGAUCUUCAGGCCGGAUAACUUUGUUUUUGGACAGAGUGGAGCUGGAAAUAAUUGGGCCAAGGGUCACUACACCGAGGGUGCAGAGCUCAUCGACUCUGUUCUGGAAGUUGUUAGGAAGGAAGCGGAAGGAUGCGACUGUCUCCAAGGAUUCCAGUUGACCCACUCCCUCGGGGGUGGCACUGGUUCAGGAAUGGGGACUCUAUUAAUUUCAAAAGUCAGGGAAGAAUACCCAGACCGUAUCAUGAACUCGUUUAGUGUUGUUCCAUCACCAAAGGUGUCAGAUACUGUUGUUGAGCCCUACAAUGCUACUCUGUCAGUUCACCAAUUGGUGGAGAAUACUGACGAGACAUUCUGUAUCGAUAAUGAAGCCCUUUAUGAUAUUUGCUUCCGAACCUUGAAAUUGACUUCACCUACUUAUGGUGAUUUAAAUCAUCUCGUGUCAGUCACAAUGUCAGGUGUGACAACGUGUCUGAGAUUCCCAGGUCAAUUAAACGCUGAUCUGCGUAAAUUGGCAGUGAACAUGGUACCAUUCCCACGUCUUCAUUUCUUCAUGCCAGGUUUCGCUCCACUGACUGCCAGGGGAAGUCAAGGAUAUCGUGCCCUAACUGUUCCAGAACUCACACAACAGAUGUUCGAUGCUAAGAACAUGAUGGCAGCUUGUGACCCUCGUCACGGUCGAUACCUGACUGUAGCUGCGAUAUUCAGGGGUCAGAUGUCGAUGAAGGAGGUGGACGAGCAGAUGUUGAAUAUUCAAAAUAAAAAUUCAGCGUACUUUGUGGAAUGGAUUCCAAACAACGUCAAGGUCGCUGUCUGUGACAUUGCCCCCAAGGGCUUGAAGAUGUCGGCGACCUUCAUCGGUAAUUCCACAGCCAUUCAGGAGAUAUUCAAACGCAUCAGCGAACAGUUCACUGCUAUGUUCAGACGUAAGGCUUUCCUCCACUGGUACACAGGCGAGGGCAUGGACGAGAUGGAGUUCACUGAGGCUGAGAGUAAUAUGAACGACUUGGUGUCUGAGUAUCAACAGUAUCAAGAAGCGACUGCAGAAGACGAAGAAGCCUUCGAUGACGAGGAAGUUCUGGAUGAAGAGGCAGCAGAGUAAAAUUAUAUCUUCCCACACGAUUUUAUCCCUUUUUUGAGGAAUUUCCGGAAGAAAGACGACUUCCCUUCCUAUUAAUUAGACCACGACUUCCUUAAGUAUUUGUUUAUAACUUUUUUUGUAGAACGAGUAAAAUAUAUCCUUACGAACCAGAA